AUGAGGCGCAGAAUUCUCUUCCCACUACUCUUGCUUCUGGCAUGCACCAAACUCGGAAGCACAGCACCAGUCAACUGUCUCCAAGGAUGCACCUGUGACCGAACAGCAGAGAACCCGACGAUCAUAUGUCACUCUGCCAACAUGACCCAUUUCCCCCUACCAAUAACCAACCCAAAGACAUCGUUCCACUUCCUCCAACUGACAUGCAAUGACAUCAUAACUGUCCCAGAUGUUGAUUUGAUCAUGAAGUCUUUUCCCGAUCUUCAAGGAAUCGACUUCCAAGGAAAUCCACAUCUCAAUUGCACCUCUCUUGAACAAUUCGAAAGGAAACUGGCAAUCUUGUCGGACUGUCACAGCUCCGAGAAACUAUCCUGCCACAAGACCACAUCCCCGGCCUCCAAGCUCAAAAACACAAAAUCAAAGGUUCGAUACUUAAAAAUAGAACAACUAAAACAAACUUUUUUCAGAUUUGUGACGGGCACUGUCAGAGCGCAAAAAAGCUGGGGGAUCUUUGGCAAGAUAUCAAAAAGUUCACCAAAAAAAUUAACAUUAAACAAAUUGUUAAUGACUUUCUUGAUUUUAAUUGGUUGGCUGGUGUUGCUAUUCCGUUGUCUUAAUAGUGACGUCGUCGACGAAAUACCUUGGAAUGAAAAUCGUGGAAAUUGCAGCUGUGAAAUAGAAGUAUACGAGCCAGAAGAAAACUACGGAGUCAUCAAAUCUCCUCAUUAUCCAAGUUUCGAAUCAUGUAAAGGCAAAUGCAUCUAUAGAAUUCUUCCAAAAGCAGACAAAACUGUCACAUUGUACACCUCCCCAUAUGAAAUAACGGAAAACACUUAUCUUGUCAUUUACAGUCUUUUGAAGACAGAUGACGGCUACGAACGUUUGUUUCAUGCCAAAAUCCAAGGACAUGUCAAUUACUAUUAUUCGUCCAGCGAUUCUCAGUUCGCAAGUUUUGCUUCUGCGAGAAGUGCUGGAUUUGAAAUUCAUUUCAUCAGCCAUCCUCAGCGGUAUUACCACACCAAGUUCAAAAUUACUUUCGACAGAUAUGAUGAAAUGAAAGAACCCUGUGACUACCCGAUCGUAGAAAUCGGAGAAAAGGAAACAGUCAUUCAAAGAGCCCAUAAAUUCGAGCACGCUUCAGGCUGCGUCUACAAGCUGAAAGCUCAAAAACACGAUGGGGAAACUGACGGUGACGAGAUAGUUAUUCAAAUUUAUCAGAGUGUGGAAACCGAGGUUACUGUAAAAGCGCAUGAUGCGUCGGGUAAAUUGAAAAAUGUUUUUUCAAGUUCAUAUUCAAAGGCGCUCAUGAUGGACGCGGAAGAUAUUCGAAUUAUUUCUCAUAGAAUAUCUAAACGUGAUGAAGCGUAUGAGAUGGCAAAAAUCACCGCGAGACUUGUUAAACGAAGUAAGGCUUGCAGAGAACACCUUGUAAACUCAGAUCCAUGUGAUUGUGGAGAAACAACUUUGACGAUGGAUGUCCGAAACCAAUCCUACCUUUCUAUCCGUGGUCCUGGCUAUCCAGAUUUGUCAUGCCCAAGUCGCCACUGCACGUACCAGCUAAGCUUUGUUGGCGACGAUCAAGAAGGCGAGGAUAAAAAUAAAAUUGGAGUCGUCGAAUUAUCCGUCGAAGGCUUAUUCAGUACCAGCGACGAGUUUUCGCUGAAAAGUGACUACAAGGUUUUCGUCGGAACCUCUCGAUAUAAAAGUAGCUCAAGGUACAUCAAAGAGAAUUUCGUGAUCAAGCAACAAGCUCUUACAGUGGAACUCGAGUCAAGUCGGGAUUUGUAUAAGAGAUACAUGGAAGUGAAUGUCACCAAUCGGUGGAUCUAUGCAGACUGCGCAUGCAACUUCUUUAAAGACAAAUCUAUCGGAAUGGAUACAACUUUUACCAUCUCUUUCCCUGCGAUUUGUGAUUAUAUUUAUUGCAAUUUCGACGUUAAGGGCAAUCAUUAUUAUCAAAGAACUCUAUUAGAUUUUGAAGUCAAAGGCGCUACAUACGGAGACGUUGUUAUUCUCAGAGAUAAACGUAACGAAGAACAUUACAAUUCCAUGAUGUUAAACCAUCGGAAUAGAUACGAGACUAGUGAAGAUACCUCAUUCACGUACUGGCGCAAAGAUGCCAAUGCCACAGAAAAUGCUGUUCUAACUUUCAAUUACACUCUUAUUAAGAACAAUCAAGAGUGUGGUCACGAUCCGGUGUAUCUGACAGCUGACUUCAAUCAACCUGUGAUUGUGAAUAGUCCCGGAUUUCCCAACUUUUAUCAAAACAAUCAAGAGUGCCAAUUCAUAGUUGAUGUUCCAGAGGGAAGCAGAAUGGCUCUGAGCAUUGACGAAAUCAGCAUUGAAAAUUAUCAUGAUCAUGUUAAAAUCUACGAAGGAAACACUACUGACUCCGCCUUGAUCAGAGAAUACUCCGGCCGUGUGCGCCAUCAAGUGUUGAAUGUGUCGACUACCACAAUCCUCAUCACAUUCACAACUGAUAUGUCCAACUCUGACCGCGGUUUCCACAUCACUGUUACCGCCCAAUAUCCGUCCGAAGACUCCGACGAUCCAUACACCCGUACUUACAUUCUUACUGCUCUGGUUUUAAUUCUUAUCGUUAGCAUCUGUGCUGGAAUUUACUUUUAUGAGACGAGAUAUGGGAAGUUCCGUCGUGAGAGAAGAAACAAUGGACAACAGACUACUGGGACUGCCGAAAACGCAGCAAACGCUGGAGCCGCUCCAAACAUUGCCGGAAUACCAAUGAAUCAACCACCACCAAAUUAUGACGAUUUGGACCAUUUCUUCAACUAA